CAGGCUGAAGAACUGAUUCUGCUGAAACUGCAGAAAGAAGAGAGACGGACGAGUGGAAGAAGAUCACUGAGAGAGAGGAAAGAGGAUUUAAAGAAAUGUGACAGGAACAGGAAAAAAAGAUUUCAUAACUGACAAAACUGACUGAAGGAGACGAGAAACUGAAGAAGACAAAGAUUUAACAGAGAAACUAACAGAGUUUAACAAAGUAAGACUGAAGCUGUUGAGGUUUAACCAGCAGAAACAAAUACUGACUGAUGAGGAAAAUAUCUGGAGGACAUUGACAGAACAUCUGGGCCUGCUGUCAUUCUGCAGAAACACUGUAGGACCUCUUCAGUCCAUCAGGUCUUCAGUCCAUCAGGUCUUCAGUCCAUCAGGCCUUAAGAGAAAAAUGGCUGUCAGCUCACCGAGAGACAAGUAUUUUGGCGUCUGGCUGAUCUUCUUCAUGCUCGGUUUAGGAACGCUGCUGCCCUGGAACUUCUUCAUGACUGCUACCAUGUACUUCACCAGCCGUCUGAAGGACUCUUCAUUGGUUGAUUCUUCAGCCAAUCAGACGGAGGCAGCAGGUGAGCAUCGCAGUGUUCUGGAGGCCAAAUUCAACAACGUGAUGACGCUGUGCGCAAUGCUGCCACUGCUCCUCUGCACCUGCCUCAACUCCUUCCUGCACUCUCUUAUUUCUCAGCGUCUGCGUGUGAUGGGCAGUCUGCUCGUCAUCAUGUUCGUCUUCAUCGUCACCGCUGUCCUAGUCAAAGUUCCGCUGGAGCCAUUGCCCUUCUUCUGCAUUACCAUGGUGAAGAUCAUCAUCAUCAACUCCUUCGGGGCGGUGCUGCAGGGCAGUCUGUUUGGGAUGGCCGGGUUGCUGCCUGCUUCAUAUACGACUCCCAUCAUGAGUGGUCAGGGACUCGCUGGAACCUUCGCUGCCUUCGCCAUGAUCUGCGCCAUCGCAAGUGGUUCCGAGCUUCAGGAUGCAGCAUUUGGUUAUUUCAUCACAGCCUGUGUUGUUAUUUUUCUGUCCAUCCUCUCCUACGUCCUGCUGCCUAAACUGGAUUUUUUCCAGUUUUAUCAGGAGAAAAACAGGAAACAGAGAUCAGACGAGGAAAACUCACUAAAUCUGAUGAAUAGAGAGUGUAAAGAUGAAGCAGCUAAUCAGAACAGACAACAGAACAUCUCCAUGAUGAAAAUCUUUAAGAAGAUCUGGCUGUUGGCUGUGUUGGUCUGUUUUACCUUCACAGUCACCAUCGGCACGUUUCCCGCCAUCACCGCCGACACCAAAUCCACCCUCACUGACAGAGGCUCCUGGGACCAGUACUUCAUCCCAGUCAGCUGUUUCCUGCUCUUCAACCUGUGUGACUGGUGCGGGCGGAGCUUAACGGCCGUCUGUAUGUGGCCAGGGAAGGACAGUCUGUUACUUCCGGUGUCCAUCGUGUGUCGUCUCGUCUUCGUCCCUCUCUUUAUGUUGUGUAACGUUCAGCCUCGUCUCCACCUGCCCGUCUUCUUCCUUCAUGAUGGCUGGUUCAUCUUCUUCAUGAUCCUCUUCGCCUUCAGUAACGGAUAUCUUGCCAGCCUCUGUAUGUGCUUCGGACCAAAGAACGUUCUUCCUCAUGAAGCAGAAACAGCUGGAACCAUCAUGGCUUUCUUUCUGUCUCUGGGUUUGGCUUUAGGAGCUGCCCUGUCCUUCCUCUUCAGAGCACUGGUCUAACUGGGAAUUUUAUUACUGGUUUAACUGUAAACUACAUCUUAACUACUGGACCAACUGGAAACUACAUCUUUAUUACUGGUCGAACUGGAAAACUGCCUGUUUACUACUGGAUUAACUGGAAGACAAACAUGUUUUUACUGGUCUGACUGGGGGAAAAUGUUUCAUUAAAACGUUUCUGUUCAAGGUU